GCCCGUAAUUAUUAGUUGAGCAAAGAACUACAAACAAACACAACUUUCCCACUUCAAGUUUCAAGACAAAGCAUUAAUUGUCAAUGGCUGGAAUUAAAUUUGCUUUCUUUUUUGCUGCUCUCCUCCUAGCGAUUGUUGUUAAUCCAUUCAUGAUCGGCUCGCCGAAGAUGAAAGUAACAGCAUUGAGAAACUUACCCUUAGAUAUGGAUAUGGAAAUGGUUGAAAGAAAUCUACUAAUAGAUGGUUGGCUAACUUGUAAGAGAGCUUGCAAUCAGAAUAGUGAUUGCUCUGACGGUUGGUUUUGCAAGACAUGUGCAAUUCCUGCCUUAGGGGAGAAAUAUAUGCAAUGCCUCCAUCAUCUAGAUUCCUCAAAGUAUGCUCAAGUGAUUCCAACUACAUUUAUGGGGGGAGGUGAAAACCUGCUUCAAUAGAAAAAAAAGGCAGCUCGGUACCCGAAGAAAUUAAAUUGCAUAUCUACAUGUGUUUAUCUUGCUUUUCGUAUACCUACUUUGAGUGAAUAUGUGACGUCUAAGAUGUUAGAUGUCCAAAUAUUCGUAGUUUACUUUCUAUCAUAUAUGUAUGUGCAGUGAUAAGUCUUCGGGAAGAAGAUCACUCUUAUCAAUUGCAGAUGUUCGUAUCGUACUGA